AUGAGAGGGAGCGCCAGAAGUGGGAGGGCUAUUGUGGCCCUGCAGACGACGAAGUUGGGCCUGCCAGCGGUCUUCUUCUGCUGCGGUCUCUUCUUCCUCGCUGGCUUCUUUGGAUCCAUGAUCCCUCCUGUGGUACGGAAUUCCCUUCUACCCGCUUCUUCGUUCCAAAUCUCUCCUGAUUCUGCUUCUAUGCUGUAUGCAUGGCCAGCCACCAGUUAUUUCUAUGUGACAGUGUUGUAGGAUUUCUUCCAGGAUCUUCCCAACGAAAACCCUGCUCGUCUGGGGCUUUAUGAAGAGGAGACGCUGGAAAUGGCCCAUGGGGAGACUGGGGAAGAUCAUGUCUCAGAGUUAUCAUUUCAGGUUCUCUUUCUGUAAACUUCUUUUCGUUUUUCGUUUAAGAGCUACCAAUUACUGGACACUUGUUCCUUCUUAAAGCGAGUUCCACUUGUAAGGAGCAACUUCAGACUGUGAACUAAAAGUUUACACUCCAGAUCACGUUGCCCUGGAGUUUUAUGCGACAGUUGCUGCUAAAUCUUUCCUGCCGUUUGUUAAAUGAAUAUUUUUAAAAAAAUUGGCUAACGAUCUAUUUUAAUUGGCAUAAUUGACUAACGAUUACAGCUGGAAUGUAAUCGGCCUUAGUUGUUUACUUCGGCUUGAACUUGUGAUGACAACACUGAGGAUGGUCUGUCCUCAAAACUCACUGCAAGAGGUGAGAUUUUGGGUGGAUCAACGCCUAUGUGUUGCAUGAGGGAGGGGGGUGGCGCUAACUUGAGAGUCACGUACCCCCCUCCCUCGUGGGUUUCUUCUCCUCUGGGACAAAAUAACUACAACGUUAAGAUGGCUACAUCGUUGUUAUAGCCUAUUUGUUGCUAUCUUUAGUUGUGGAAAAGGUCAUAAUUUGCAUAUGUGAAAUAAGAUGCUUGGACUCUCCACCUUCAUUAGCUAGUUAACCUUCUUCCUUUCAGAUUCUCUUGCUUUUUUGUUGCUUACAGUGGAGUCACGCACGUGCAAAAAUAUAUCAUAACAAUUGAGAAAGCUUAGAGCUUUCCCGAACUUCAUAAUAGCUAUUUUUCUGGAACUUACCUUUACCUGGCAAUCUCGUAGAGUAUGAAUGAUUGUUUUGCUUUGCAAAAUCGUGAUUUUAAAAUUUCUUAUACAAGGUGAAGUUUUUAAUUGGAGAUGUAGUCGUGCAAGUAUUAGGGUUAUACAAGUAUAAGGAAUUUUGCCGAUUAUACUACCAAAGAUAUGUACCCCCGAACUUGUGGACGCCACCACAGAAAGUGUUGUUCAUCAUUAGGGGAAACCAUACCCAAACAAGAAGAGAACAAGGACAUUUUUGGGAAUAACUUUUUUCAGUCUCUUUAUUUGGCAUACUCAAGUCUUUGUUACAAAUGAACAAAAAUAUAUUCUUCGACUCUGUACAUGUUACUGUCGAGCAGUUACAAUUAUUUAUAUGUUAUGAUCUUUUGUGUUGGAUGCACAUGGCACUCUGAGCCAUUAGUCAUGUGAGAUUUUUUAUUUAAGCUUGAUGCAUCUCAAUAUAAUAGUGUGAUCGGGCAGGCAAAGCAUCUUUCAUGCUUUUUUUUUGGGUGCUUGAUUGUGUUUCUAAAAUCAGGUUUUGAGCUGGAAACCUCGCGCUAUGUACUAUCCGAACUUUGCAAGCAGGAAGCAAUGUGAAACGAUUAUUAGAAUUGCGAAGAGUAAACUUAGUCCAUCAUCACUGGCUUUGCGCAAGGGGGAGACGGCUGAGAGCACCAAAGGAAUAAGGACAAGGUAGUCGCUUUUGUGUCCAUUCAUUAUUAUAUGACUAGGGGAACAGUUGUCAAAAAGGUGACGCUCUAAUCUAUCUGGUUUGAUGACGUUGUUUUCCGCUAGCAAUUGAGCGAAUUAAUUAUCCUCAGCCUUUUUUUUUGACCCCUGGUGAGAUGUAAAAAAUCAAAGACCCUAUUUUUUUUUUCUGUCACUUGCCGUUUUCUUAUCUGUUGCCUUGCCAGCAAGAAGGGUAGCCAUUUUCAUGCUGUUGGACUAGGACUCCACUUUUCUUUGAGGGAAUGCAUCAGGCAGGCAUAAUAUAGGUUAGUCAAGGAUAAAAUCUUUUUACUUUCCUCAAUGCAAAGAAAGAAAAUCUUCUGUACGUUUUGGUUCUCACACACACAUGUACAUAGAAUGUCUAAGGCUGAGCCAAAAAUUCCCUUUAUUAGUAUAUUCCCACUUUUUCUAUAGUCAAUAUUCUUCUUAGGUGGAAAUUGUGUUCUUUCUAAAGUGCUCUAAAGAAACAUCGAGCAGCCUUUGUAUACUACUUAAUACUGAAAUGAUCUUUGGAAAACCUUUUGUGCACCACGCUGUCAUGAUAUGUUGUACUAGACGCUUCAUUCUCAUAGUCUAUGACACGUGGUAUGUUAACUCAUGUCAUCGGCGUUAUUAUGGAAUCAGUUCAGGUACAUUUCUCAGUGCAGUGGAAGAUUCUAGUGGAACCCUUGACAAAAUUGAGGAUAAGAUUGCGAGGGCGACACUGAUACCCAAAAAUCAUGGAGAGGUAUUCACGUUUAUCAGGCUUAUAUUCAGAAUUUGAUCUCCGCUGAAUUCUUAUCCGUGAAUCACAAAGGCAUGAUCAGAACCUGAAGUUCUGUAUCAAUUUUCCUUGGGUUUGGCAACGAAAAUGACUGUCCUAUGUAAACCAUCUUUCAGAAUAUUUCAGUGCAAGAAAACUAAGUCGCAUUGGGAAUUCAUAUUAUCUGUCAUUAGAUUACCUUUUUUUCUUAUAGCGGAGCUGCUACAAGCUAAUAUACUGGUAUAUUAGGAGCAAAUGAGGCUCAGUUAUAAUGGUAAUUAUUGGGAUGCUUAAUCACUUUUAUUCAUAAUUUCUUUUCCAGUUAUUUUACUGGAUUUUGAUGCUUAAUCACAUGUUAUUCAUGUUUCCUGUGAUUUUUCUUUGAACAGUUCAUCCAUUUCGUUCCUGAAUCAGUUAGAAUGAUGUGUGAUGACAAGAAUAUCUCUCUGGCGCAGGCAUUUAACAUCCUUCGUUAUGAGAUAGGUCAGAAGUACGCCUCCCACUAUGAUGCCUUCAAUCCCAAGGAGUACGGCCCACAAUCGAGCCAAAGGGUAAAAAACCAAAUGGAACAAAUUUCUCUGCCGGCGAUAUUUUUUUCCUUAUUUGGCAAAAUCUAGUGUAAUACUUUCGGGGUUAAUACGUAGAUCGUUUGACUCCUCUGGAAACAGUGACAUUCCGAAGUGAGCUCCCCUCCCCUCCCCUCCCCUCCUCCUCCUCGAUGGCACCUAUCCAAGGAACUGCCAUGGAUCGAUUCAAAGUCAAAAAUCCCUAUGAGCCUUUGACUUUACUUUAUUCUGCAUUGUUUCUUGAUCAAGCCUUCUGACUUGAAUCGAUCAUGGUUUCAUGCCUUUAUUAACCAUGCUCUCGUGGUUAAUACGUUGAUCGUUGACUCCUCUGGAAACAUUGACAUUCCGAAUUGAGUUCCUCUCCCCCCCUCCUCCCCGAUGGCACCCAUUUCCAAGGAACUGCCAUGGAUCGAUUCAAAGUCAAAGCCCCUAUGAUCCUUUGACUUUACUUUAUUCUGCAUGGUUUCUUGAUCAGGCCCUCUGACCCCCUGCCCGCAGGUGGCUUCUUUUCUGCUGUACUUAUCUGACGUCGAGGAAGGGGGAGAAACCAUGUUUCCUUAUGAGGUGACGCUCCUCCUCCCUGUUCCUCCCGGCGAUCUGACAACUUACUGGGCGUCAUUAUACGAUCCUAAGGUGUCGAUUAUGCCUGUUCUUCCAACAGAAUGGCCUCAACAUGAACUCCGGCUAUGACUUCAAUGAGUGCAUUGGUUUGAGAGUGAAGCCACGCCAAGGAGACGGCCUCCUCUUUUAUUCGGUCCUGGUCAACGGCACCAUCGAUCCGGUAUGUGUCCUGAUCCCGCUAGAAUCAUUAAUCUUAUGCGUUGACCCCGAAUAUCUUGCCAAAAUCCUUCAUUUUAGUGAACCCAGUACAGUCCACCAACUCCUGUAAAACCGCAUAAAAAUGGCAUCCCACUUACCAUCUACAAGAAGGUGGAUAAUUUUUUUUAAGUGUGAUAAGACAAUAUAGUUGACUUUUCAGUACCACUGUGUGGAACAUGGGAAAGGUCAACGAAUACUUUGGUCAAACUUUGUCAAGUCAAUGCAUCAGGCGACCUGAAAUCCUUAAACCCUUCCGAAGUUUUAAUCUGUGUAUUUAUUUAUUUCCAUAAAAGGAUCUAUCUCUUACAGAAUAUCAAACCGUAGGUAUUCAUUGGUCAAUGAGAGUAGACGACAAUCUGUUUAUAUAUAUAUAUAUAUAUAUAUAUAUAUAUAUAUAUAUAUAGAUAAACCUUGAGGAUAAUCCUAUGGAGAAAUUCUGUUUUUGCUCACGCAGAUGUCCCUCCAUGGAAGCUGCCCGGUGAUAAGAGGGGAGAAAUGGGUGGCCACCAAGUGGGUGAGAAACGAAAUCCAGUGA